GUGGCCAAUAAUUUGCGUAGUUGACACGUGCGUUUCGGGGAUAUAAACGUGGCAGCGAAGGCCGGCGCUUGCGUGGACGAUGUCGCUGCGGGGAAGUUGGCAGCGUGCGCGGGCGCGUCAUCCGUGAUGCCCUGAGCGGUGUCUGGCUCUCAGUACAACCUUGCUCGCCUUGAGGACAUGUCUGUGUUAUGGAUUAUCAAUGCAUCGUCGUGUACACGGUCAUCAACAUCGCCCCGCCGCGGCUCACAACCCCUUCCUCAGGGUAUACCAAUGGCUGCAUUACUUGGUUCAAAAAUAAAAUUAAAAGAGCGGUAGCAGUAUAUCUACAUUCGUUGAAAUUAACUCCAAAUAAUGGAAUUAUUCACGGAAACCUAGCAUGUAUCUACUACAAGCAAGGUUUCAUAGACCUUGCUAUCGAAACAUAUCGGCGAGCGAUAGAAUUCCAACCUAAUUUCCCAGAUGCAUAUUGCAAUCUUGCAAAUGCACUCAAAGAGAAGGGCCUCGUAUCCGAAGCAGAGGAGUGUUACAACAAAGCCCUCCAUUUGUGCCCUGCGCAUGUAGACACACUUAACAAUCUUGGAAAUGUUAAACGGGAACAAGGUAAAAUAGAAGAGGCGACGAAAUUGUAUAUGAGAGCUUUGGAAGUCUUUCCUAAUUUUGCAGCUACUCACAGUAAUUUGGCAUCACUUUUGCAACAUCAAGGUAAACUACAUGAAGCGUUGAUGCACUAUCGACAGGCGAUAAGUGUUCAACCUAAAUUUGCAGAUGCAUAUAGUAACAUGGGGAAUACUUUGAGGGAAUUGCAAGAUGUCACAGGAGCUUUUGUGUGUUUUAAAAAGGCUAUAGAAAUAAACCCCUGCUUUGCAGACGCACACUGUAAUCUUGCAAGUAUUUACAAAGAUAUGGGUAACAUAACAGACGCCAUUGAGUCCUACAAAAUUGCUUUGAAGUUAAAACCAGAAUUUCCAGAUGCUUAUUGCAAUUUAGUUCAUUGUUUACAAAUAAUAUGCAAUUGGGAUCAUUAUAAUGAAAGAAUGAGUAAUAUUAUAUCUAUAGUAGAAAAACAGCUAUCAUUUGAAAAACUUACUUCAGUACAUCCACACCAUUCCAUAUUGUAUCCAUUGUCUAACAAAGUUAGAAAAGAAAUAGCAUCACGACAUGCUAAUAUAUUUUCAGAAAAAGUGAAAAUGUUUGAACAUUUAUUUUUUAAUCACACACGAGAAUCGAAGGGACGACUGAGAGUUGGUUAUGUGAGUAGUGAUUUUGGUAAUCAUCCAACAUCACAUUUGAUGCAAUCUAUACCGGGAUUACACAAUCAAGAAAAAAUUGAAGUUUUCUGUUAUGCUUUAAAUCCAAAUGAUGGAACCACAUUCCGUAGUAAAAUAAAUAAGGAAUCAGAACAUUAUAUAGACUUAUCAAAAAUAACUUGUAAUAUUGAGGCAGCUGAAAUCAUUAAACAGAAUGGUAUCAACAUAUUGAUUAAUAUGAAUGGAUAUACCAAAGGCGCUAGAAAUGAAAUAUUUGCUUUAAAACCUGCACCAAUACAGGUAAUGUGGUUAGGCUAUCCUGGAACAAGUGGCGCUGAUUUUAUGGAUUACAUCAUUACUGAUGAAACGUCAUCACCGAAAUGGGCUGAAAAUGAUUUUAGUGAAAAAUUUGCUUAUAUGUCUCAGACAUACUUUAUUGGUGAUCACAAACAAAUGUUUCCCCAUUUAAAAACUCAAUACAAAGUAAAUAUUGAGUUAGAAAACUGUCUUGAUAUAAACAAUGCUUUCAUUAAUUGUGCUGAAAACGUAAAUAUCGAUAAUAUGUUUUGUACAAAUCAUAAAAAAAUUUCAUUAUCGUAUAAACAAUACAAGCCAAUCGAAGUAAUUGUAAGGACAAUAGACAUUCCGAGCUAUGUUGUUGAAAUGACAGUAAAUCCAAAACAAAUCAUGGUACUUGUAGAAGGUAAAGACAUUGACAAUGGUUUAUCUAUAAAUUAUACAAACAAAAAAGUAGCUUCAGGAGAAAAUAUAAGAAAUGGUAUAGUAAUAACGUCGAGAAAACAAUAUGGUCUUCCAAAUGAUGCUAUUAUAUAUUGCAACUUUAACCAGUUAUAUAAAAUUGAUCCCAGUGUGAUGGAAACAUGGGUCAAUAUUUUGAAAAAUGUGCCAAAUAGCGUUCUAUGGCUUUUAAGUUUUCCAGCUGCAGGGGAGCCGAAUAUUCGAAAAUUUGCACAGAGUUUAGGAUUGACGCCAGAUAGGAUAAUAUUUUCGAAGAUUGCGUGCAAAGAGGAGCAUGUGCGCAGAGGACAAUUGGCCGAUGUGUGUCUUGAUACGCCGCUGUGCAAUGGCCAUACGACUGCUAUGGAUGUCCUGUGGACUGGAACUCCUGUUAUAACACUUCCUGGAGAAACAUUAGCUUCUAGGGUUGCCGCAUCUCAACUGAAUGCUUUGGGCUGCUCAGAACUGAUUGCCAAAAGUAAACAAGAAUAUCAAGAUUUAGCUGUCAGACUGGGCACAAACAGUCAAUAUCGAAGAUAUAUUCGAGCCAAAGUAUCAAAAGCGAGAUUAGAGAGUACUUUAUUCGAUUGUGAGCACUACGCAAGAGGCUUGGAAACUCUUUAUGAAAAUAUGUGGAAAUGUUAUCAGUCUGGUAAAGAACUCCAUCACAUCCGAGUUUCGGUCGACUAGCUACUCGAAGAGUAGAUUGCAUUUUACUAUCGAUCGUCGGAGAUUGGCAAUAAUGGAAAAGUGCCUCUGAGUAUGCCGUUUUUACGAACUUGUACAUAUAAUAUUCGCCGAUAAAGUGCAGGAAAUGCAGUUGCAGUGCAGUUUGGCGAAUUCAGAUUCAUAUACUGGAUAUGAAUCUGAAUUCGCCAAACCAGCGAUCCGUCCAAAAACUCUCUACUUCAAUUCGAGCAAAAAUUUUAAAAUAAUAGUUUAAUAAUUACUCUAAUCAUCUUUUAAAUUCCAAAAAGGUAGUUACUUUUUAAAGUAUGUUCACAUACAGAGACACGGGCCCGCAUGCAAGUGUACAAGGACCGACAUGCAUAUGUAUUGUCAAGAUUAUGUAAAUUACCAUCAUGGAAUUAGUAGGUACUCCGUACAAAGUACUUAUUAAGUCCAUGAUUAUCAUGUCGUUAUUUCAUUCAACUAUUGAUGAAUUCUUAUUAUAUUUUGUAAAAGAAAUAUGACCUUUGAGCGUUUAUGUUAUAAUAUAAAAUAAUACUUAAUAAUUAUUAAUACCAAAAAUAUCACUAAGCACUGUUUUAAUGAUAAAUUUGGAAAUGAAUUAUUAUUAGUGUUUCUUUUAAUAGUUUAAGUUUAGUUGUAAAUGUUUGAACUACAAAAUUUGUCUGGCUUUUCAUGAUGUGAACCAAUUCAAAUGAAGUUCUUAUGAAAAGUUUAUUUGAUUCUAUUUCUUCUUCCUAUUUUUUAUUAAAAUUUUAAUAAAAAAUGACGAAACAGUUCAGCGAUGUGUAGUCAAAACAAUUAUUCAAAACUUAUACGUCGAUAAAUUUUUUGAAGUUCAAGUAAUCAAUAUAUAGCAUGGAAAAUUAUAUAUUUACAUAGUAUAUGUCUCUAUUUGGCUUUAAUGGCACACACAUGUCAGUAAUAUCAAGUGAUAAUUCUUAUAUCGAUUAUCAUAUAGGUGGUAGCUUAUUGAUCUAUUAUAAUAAAACAAAGAGGCGUUAUUCGUAAUAUUUAAUAUACAAAGCUUAUAGUAAGUAUUGCUUCGUUAUAUUAAAAACAUGUUUAAUCAUCGGAUGAUUAAGUAACAAAAUAACUCAUCAAUUGAUGAUUUUUACGGGUAUGUUUAAGGUAAAUAGGUAUUCAAAUAUAGAAACACAGUUUACUUGAAAAAUGAUUUUAUUGAUUUUUUUACACAUAUUUAUAAUUUUAUAAAUCAUUUGUGAGUACACAAAUAAUACUAUUGUAUGUUGCUAAUAUUAAAUCAAUUACUUAUACAAAACCGAUCUUGCGAAAUAUGCUAGUCAAAUCACUAGCCACUAUGUUUGACUGUAAAAAUUUAAAUGUUAAAAAAUAUAAUUCAUAAUAUAUUACGAUUGGUUAAAAUCAAUAUUGACUUUAAAUAUUAAGCUUACCUAAGUAUUAGUUAUAAAGCGUAUUAUUUCAAGUGGAUAAUAAACUAUACUCCCUAUA